AUGUCAAUUCACCGGUCUAGUCAAUCAACCUGCAGCUUCCCAUCGCUGACACAGCUGGGGUUCAGAGAGCCAAUCAUACAAGCCCUCCCCCAAACAGUGAUAACACCCUACCCACGUCGGGUUGCGUACGAACGCCGGCGUGGUGGGGUGCGUGGCAGUGUGGAUGCUCGUACACUACUUGCGAUUGCAACUGGCAGCGGCUAUCUUGAUUUUCUCCCCACUGGAGUGAUGCUCAUUGCGACAACUGGUGGUGCCCAUCCGGAUAUUGAACAAGAGAAAUGCAUUGCCAGGAUGACUGAGACCGACCUUCGGGCCGCACCGCGCCUCACAACAAAUAACGAAAACCGACAAUCCGGCGGACACGCCUCUCAUUCUCACGGCUGGAUGACCUCAAAGAUCAAGGCCUAUAUACACAAGGCCUCCACCAUUGGUCAUCAUGGAAAAUUCAUCAGGCCUUCGCCAGCCGGUAACCUCAAGCAACUGACCACGCCUUCGCCAUGGGUCAUCAUAGCAAGGCCUUCCGCCUUCGGUCAGAGAACCUAA